AUGGUUGUCGGUUUGGAAUUCGGUGGAUGCACGUUAGCUGGUAGAGAGGAGGAAGAGACUCGGUUAGAUGUCAAGUGUGGGGACUGUGAACGAGCACCGCUGACUGGAGAGUGUGCAGCUUCUAUUGGCCGUGGUGGUGAUGGCGGUGAAUCAGACGAUGCAUGUGGGGGAGGGCGAGCCAAAGAGGAUCGGUUGCAUAAGUCCACAGACAGCAACGACGCACAGGACUCAGCUGAUGUGGGAGAAGCCGCCAUCGCGCAGCGAGGGCGAAGAAUUGACGGCAGGGAAGAGUUCGAGGAAGAGAUGUGCGCGGAUAGGGAAGAGGGCGGCGGUGAAAGACUGGAUGAUUUAUUAGAUCGGUUUGAACUGAGCGCGGUAGACGAAUUUGAUCGACUAAGAGAUGAACGCGGGGAUCGACUUGAAGAGGAACGGAUUGAGGGUGAGGAAGGAGACGAUGAGGAUGGUGUUCGAAUAAACGGGGAUAUGGAAUGA